GCUCCCUUGCUUGGGGCUACUUCAACUCAUCGCUGGGGAGGGGAAACUGAAGUACAAGGCUUCAUUUUCAGGCUCACUGCCAGACAAGGCAGAAGUGGGGUCCCCGGAGACGCAGAUGGGGGAACACCUACAGGGUGGGGCUUGGGCCCCCAAAGAGCAGGCCUGGGUCCCCUAGAAGUAUGACCUACCUGACAGACAUCUGAACACCCCUAAAUGCUCCCACGAGGAAGCGGGUCCGUAGACGAGCAGCGUGGUCAAAUGAGGUCUGAAGCAGGACUCAAACUACAUGUGUCCUGCUCAGCUAAACCUUCAUUCACCCCAGAGGUGCUGGCUGUGAGGCCACUGAGCCUGGCCUUGGGGCAAUUCGGUUAUAAAUGCAGACACCCAAGGAAGAGUAUGUCCCCUCUCUGCCUGUGUCCCGCCUCUCCUUUUAAAUUUUUUUUUUAAAUUACAUUUAUUGCCCUGCCCCGGCGUGAGCGUGAGCAUGUGGAGCUCGGAGGGCAGUUUGUGGAGCCAAUGUUCUUCCACCAUGUGGGUCUCAGGAAAGAAACUCGGGUCCCUCCCUAGGCUUGGUGGCAAGCUCCUUUACCUGCUGAGCCACCUCACUGGCCCUCUUCGGUAGUCCAGGCUGCCCUCGUGGAGGCUCACAACUGCCAACUUGGCAGUUGGCGACCUGAGGCAGCAGGAUUGGUGUAAGUUCAAGACCACCCUGAGCGAGAACCUCUCAAACAAUAACACAACAAACCGUGCAGACUGAGCUUCUGAAAUAGAAGGCAAACAGAUAGGAAAUACAGACAGAUGGUCUAGGCGCCAUGCUUGCCCAGUUGCGGACCUCCCUCCGGGAUCACCCCACUUUUCACUGUAACUUGGGGGUUACAAGCAAGGAAAGUGGGGAUGUGUCCAAAGUGUGUAUGGAGUAAACAAACCACACUGGGCCUGGGCUCAGAGGCGGGUCCCCAGUCUGGUGGACGGAGUCAACCUGCCCUGCACGCAGACCACCUCUUGACCACGGCUCCGUCCCUCUGCCUCAGUCCCCUCCCCACCAUCCAGCCACCCUGUUGUGCUGUGUCGCAGGCGUUCCCCUUGCCCUCGCUGUCCCGCAAGCAGAGGACGGUGCUGGUCAUCUGCGGUCCGGAACAGAACGGCGCUGUGGGGCUGGCAUGUGCCCGGCACCUUCGGGUGUUCGAGUACCAGCCCAGCAUCUUCUGCCCGGUGCGUUCAGCCGACGCGCUGCACCGCGACCUGACCACGCAGUGCGAGAAGAUGGACAUCCCCUUCCUGUCUUUCCUGCCCGCCGAGGUGCGGCUCAUCGAUGACGCAUACGGGCUGGUGGUGGACGCAGUGCUAGGCCCCGGAGUGCGGCCGGCGGAGGCGGGCGGGCCCUGCGCGCGGGCGCUGGCCACGCUGAAGCGGCUUUCCAUCCCGCUCGUGAGCCUGGACGUCCCCUCAGGCUGGGACGCCGAGGCCGGCGGCGACGCGAAGGACGCGGUGCAGCCCGACGUGCUAGUGUCUUUCGCAGCGCCCAAGAGCUGCGCCGGCCGCUUCUCCGGGCGCCACCACUUUGUGGCCGGCAGGUUCGUGCCGGAGGAUGUGCGCCGCAAGUUUGGCCUGCGCCUGCCAAAAUAUACCGGCACCGACUGCGUGGCCGCGCUGUGACUGGCGCGCGCUGGGACCCGCACCAAUAAACAUCACCACCACCUUU